GCUCGGAGAACAGGAACACAGGAGGUCAUCGAGGAGAAAACAGAACAGACACAGAACAGAAUACGCCUUUUCCUCUGGGGGAAAUGUUCAUUCUUUUUUUUUGUCUUAAUAAGUGAGACGAAAUGGACGUUGCUGAACGUCCCGUGAUUAAUUUUGCUAUCAACGGUCCAUCAGAAGUUGUUCUAAGUGAAGAAGCUAUAGCAGCUCGUCAACGAAAGUUGCAAGAAGCAAAGAAACAUUUGGCCUCAAUAAAUGAAAAAAUCCUGGAACUUCAGGUUAUGCUGAGAAGAUUGUCCAGAAAACCUCGGUUUCAUAAACUUCAGUACGUCCUAAAACAUCGAGUGGCUGUGUACUCAGGUCUACGAUCUGUCUACCUUAAAUACUGCUGUAAUUUGCAAGAGGAUUUGAAUCAAUUUCAACAAUACUAACUUUGAGGAAUACCAGUAUCUCAUCUACAUUUC